GCAGACCAUGAAGGGACUCCCACGUGUGUAGAGGACCGUGCAGACCGACCAGCUCUUACUUCAGACCCUUGGUGAGUCUUGGAGGAGCUGAAACUCUCUGCUGCAGGUCUGAACUUCUCCUGAUCAAUCACUGAAGCUGCUGACUAAACCGUAAGUGAAGCUAACGAUGCUAACUAGCCUUCUACUAACUUUGCUAACCGCUAGCUACUUAGCAUGUAAAUAAUAAUCGGUAUAGCUAAAGUUAUCAUGAUGAGACAUUCAGAUCCAGAGUUAUCAUUCUGGGCUUUGUCAGAGCACUUUAGAGGUGUUUUACCCUUGAGUGUGUGUAUGUGUCCAAUAAUGUGGUGUAUGUCUAACAGAAAGCUCCUGACCUGCAGUGUGUGACCUGCAGCAUGCACACAAUCAAUGAGUUGAUUAUCAGCACACUGUCUGUCUGUGUGUGUCUCUGUGUGUGUGCAUUUACAGUGUAUAUGAGUGUGGUGUUCAGAUAUGUAUCUUUAUGUGUAAGUGUGUGUACAUAUAUUACUGUGUCAGUGUUUUUAUAUGGCUGCCAAAGUGUGAAUACAAAAUGUAAACUUUGAAACAUAUUUUUAAAAAUGAAAAUCUGAUGUAAUGUGAUACAGAUUUUGAACUCUGGAUUAUAGUUCAGAGCAUGAAACAUAUUCUAAAAUAACAAUUGACUCAGAUUCAUUGGGCAACAAUAAAGAUUUUUGGAUCAUGUCCAGAUUUUAAGUCUAAUGUAGAUUAAAAAGUCACAAGUAGAUUUUGAACCAACAAAUUUCAAACUCUAUCCUAGACCUCAAGCUCUAAAACAAAUCAAAUCAAGUUUUAUUUAUAUAGCGCCAAUUCACAUCAGUUGUCAAAGAACAAGAGCAGGUCUAGACCAUGCUCAUUGUUUGAUGAAUUAUCAAGACCCAACCUAAGAUAGGACAGAUUUGGCCCAUCUCAUCUAACAUGAGUGACAGUGGCAAGAAAAAACUUACUUUUAACAGGCAGAAACCUUGGGGAGAACCAGACUCAUGCUAGGCUGCCACCAAGCUGCUGCUGGGCUGGGAAGGAAUACAAAGAGAUAGAGGGAGAGGAGUAGGAGAGAGGGCAGGGGGAGAAAAAGAGAACAAGGGAGAGGGAAAGAGAGAGGGAAUGAGUAAGGGACAGGGAGGGAGAAAGAGUAGAGAACGAGGGUGAGAGAGAGAGACAGGGGACAGCAGCAACAUUAAAACAACAGCUCAUGUAAUGGUAAAACAAAAUGAAUUCAAUUUACAGGGUUAGGAUAUGAGUAAUUAUGGAUAAUGUUAAAUUAAUUUAAUGUGAUUACAGUCAGCAGGCCUAAUAGUUGUUAACUCUAGUUUUAUGUUAUUGUCAGUGAGGCUGAUGUUCAUGUCUGCAGUAACAGUCCAGAGAAACCCAAGAGAAGAAGGAGCUCAGGGCCUGAGGCGGACAAUCAUAGACGAUGCGGCUGGAAAUAGAAACAGAGUUGAACUAGUUGUCACAGAUGUUCGAUUGUGAUGUUCAAUUAGUCUAAUUUCCAUUAACUUUUCGUGCUUUUAUUCUGAAAUUUUCCAUAUUUCCUGUCUGUAGUCUUUUUUUUUUUUUCAGCAAUAAUGAAAAUAAGUGACCUCUUUUCUGCAGGUUGGUCUGAACAGACAGUCAGCACUUUAGAGUCUGUAUCCAUAGCUACAGUCUGUUUUAGAGAGACUUAAGAAUGCUGUUACUGACCAAUCAGAGCCCCGUGUUUACCACAGCUGUGACAUAAUGAUCGCUGAUGUGCUGAUCAGAAUAUUGAUCAGGUUAUUGUUUUUUGUUUCAGCUGAGGACAAAGGUUAUCUUCUGUUUCUGUUAUUGAUCAUCUCAAUCGACCACAGAUUUUUAAAAUCAGUACUCCUGAUCUGACUGAUCGAUCUCAGUGAGAAAUGAUGUCUACAGCUGAUGAUGAUGAAGUUCCCUUAGUGAUGGUAUUAAUCUGUCUGUCUGUCAGUCAUGGCUGUCAUCAGGUUCUACAGUCCUGAAGACACAAGGGGGCGGGGCUUACAGAGGGCCGCUAAGCUCCACCCCCUGCUGACAAUCGUCUCAGAGCUGUGCUACAAUGUGGAGGUGACAGGUGAGUGAGUGAUGUCAUCAGGAAGGUGACGACAGAUGUUCACACUUCUUGUUGUAUCUGAUAUUGAUCAUUUAAAUCCUAUAAAUAGGACUAAAACGAACAACCAUUUUGACAGUUUACAAGUUAUUGAUUCUCAAACUGUUAAUUCAACUAACAGGAUCUUUUAUGAUAAUUCUUAUUUAACGAUCACCUUUUCAUUGAAACUUUACUACUAAAUGAGUCAUGAUUUAGUUCAAUCAUCAGAGUUUGCUCCAGUGUUUUAUAGUAAGAAGAUGAGAAAGAAAAAACAGGUGUGAAACAGAGAGACUGAGACUGAGAGAGUAAAACUUUUACAGUAUGGCUCUAACUUUGGACCAUUAAGCAAGCUUAACAUCACUGUUCUUGUUUUUCCAACACACAAAUUACUGACAUGCUCCCAUGAAAAGCAAGUUUCUGUUGACAGAUCUUGCAGGCAUCCUACUUUCCAGCCCUCAGACAGCCGCACAGAGGAGCAACAUGUUUCUUUAUAGGCUGGAAGCUAUGAAUAAACAUUGUUAGCUUAUGUAGAAGUCAUCAAUAAAUAUUUAAGAGAGAGUUAUAAUGUUUAAAAUUAACUUUAAUCUACGUCAUGAGCCCUGUGAUGGUAAGUUAAUUUAACAAAAAAUUACAGUCUUCAUGUGCACAUGAUUUUCACAUCACUGAGAUGUAGAUGCAGUGCAGGUUUCGACACUAAAAAUAAACCUCUUAUAGUCUUAUGAGUUUACAUGUGCCCCCGAUGUUAGCAGGCACUGAGACGAUCAGAAAACACUUCUUAAAACCAUAAUCCAUGUAUCUUAACCAAGCCUUCACUGAGUGAUCUGUGACGGUGGCAGUGAUGAAUACAUGUUUUCAUUUUAAAGUCAUGUGACACAGUGUUAAAGAAACUGCCUUCAUGACAGUCAGUUCUGUGUUUGUGACAGUGAGGAGCUGCAGAUGGACAUUCAUAGUGUAGGUAAAUCGUGAGUGGAUAACAUAGUCAGCUUUUUAAUUUGUCAGGAACUGAUUUUGUCGAGUACCCUGACAGAUAGUUGAAGCCCUCACUAUUGAAUGUGUAAAUGUUAUUGAUGAGGUCUUGGGCUAACUGUUUGUACUGAUAUGUCCUGUUAUUGAUCAUACUGAUCUGCAGGCUGUAACGGUCUGAGUCCUGAUCAAAAGCUGGUCCUGCAAUGGUUGUUGCGGCGCCCCCUGCAGGAGGAGCCACUGUCAGAGGAACCGAAGCUGACAGGAGGUCAGGGGGGGACUCUGGUGGAGAUUGGACCCAGGUACUGCUGCACCCAUACAGUCUGAUCAAUCACCUAUGAUAGGGGGAAACAGAUCAGCUGAUACAUGUGGUCGUGUUUGUCCUCCCCACACUAAAAACAUCAGCGUUAAUAAUUGGAUUAGGAUCAUUUUAGAUGUUUGAUGUUUCAGAGAUCGUAAAGAUUUUUUUAUCGUUUAGGUUAAACUUCUCGACUGCCUGGUCCACAAACACCGUCUCAAUCUGCCACAGCGUCGGACUCUGUGACAUCACACGUGUCGAACUGUCCCGCCGUUUCCUUACCAAGGUACACAAACAACAUACAUGCACACGCAUGCACUUUUACACACAAACACCCACUCUGUUCUGAUUGGUUGCGCCGUGUGUCUUUUCAGUCAAACGAUGGAACGAGUUUGAGCGCUGAAGUCCUGAAACAGCUGACCGACUGUCUCCAUGACAACAUGACGGAGUGUAUCUACAAACAGCCCAUAACCUCCUUCGCUGUUGAAACCAAACCUCAGCAGGUGUUUGAGGUGGAUGUGGUGGGGCAGGGCCGAGUGGCGCUGGAGGCGGUGAACGAUGAACUCGGUGAGUUUAGUUUGUGUUUAGCUGCUCAUCGUCUGUUCGUUCCUCGUGAUCAUUUCUCCACACUAACCUCUUUUUUUCCUCCUUCUCUUCCUCUUUAUUGGAUCUUUUCUCUGUCUUCCCCCCUCUAUUUUAUUCCAUCUUCACCACUUUUUUCCAUGCAACCUCCUCUCUCUCUCUCUCCUCUUCCUAUUUUCUUCUCCUCAAUUUCUAUUUUCUUUUUUCCUUUCUCUUCUAUUCUUUCUUCUUCUUUCUCUUCCCUGCUUUUUUCUUGUCUACUUUCUUUAUCUCCUUCUCCUCUCUUUCCCUCCCUUUUUAACUCUUCUCUUUCUUUUUCUUUUAAGUCCUAUUUUCCUCCUUUCCUUUUCUGUUUCUGUUUUCUCUUCUCUCAUUUUCCUCUCAUUCUUUUCCACCUUAUCUCUUUCUCUCCUUUUUUUGUCCUCCUCUCUUGCACAUCUUACACAUUUUCCUUAUCUUCUUCCUUUCCUCUUCUCUCUCUUAUUUCUCUCCUUUUUUUCCUCUCUCAUCUCUUUACUGUCCCUUUUGCCUCUUUUUCCCUUCUUCCUCUCUUCUCCUCUUCAUCCUCAGUCAGCCUUCUGUGAGCUCGCUGCUUUUAAGGUAAUUGGUCACAUGGUAUCUGAUAAGGUCACAUGAUGCAUGACAUUAAAACUUGAUUGAAGUCACAGGACAGCAGUGAUGCCAUUAAUUUUUCACUCAUGCACGUGUGUGAGACGUGUGAGAAUGAUAUUCAUUGUGUAACACGUAGUGAAUAUCACAGUGUGUUAUCAUUGCAUCUUAACACUCCUCCUAUUGUCAUCCGAAUAAAGUCAGUAGUGACACAUUUGGGAGCUGCUGGCUGUCUGAUCUGUUUGUAGUGGUACUGUCCCUUUAAGAAUGAUGCCUUGUGGGUGAUGUAUGCCUGUGAUGUGGUCUCUCAGGUGUGUUUUCAUGUUUGUGUUAAUAACAGUAGGUAGAUGCAUGGUUCUGUGAUGUGUUCACUGAAAAUUUAGAAAGUUAUUAAGCUAAUUAUCAAUCUCCGAACCAUCUGCUAUCACAUGACGAGGAUGUCUGAGCUCUUAUUGAUGAAGGUAAAGUGAGAACUGUUUGAAUGGAGGGUCACUGCAGUGUUUCAGGUUUGUGUCGUUGUGGAUAUUGUUGUUGUUUUUGACAUGUUGUUGUCUUAAAUGUGUGUUAUUGUGUAUCCAGGUUUGGCCUUCGACUCCUGGGAUCUGGACUUCUACACCUCCAUGUUUCAGAGGAUUCAGAGGAACCCCACCAGCGUCGAGUGCUUCGACCUGGCUCAGUCCAACAGGUGUGUACAUGUGAUCACGAGGCUCAGGUGUUUGUUUUACCUCCUCUAAUGUGUGUCUGUGUGUGUGUGUGUGUGUGUGUGUUUCACAGCGAGCACAGCCGUCACUGGUUCUUCAGAGGGAGGAUGGAGAUCGACGGUGAGGAGCAACAGGAGACGCUGUUCAGCCUCAUCAUGGCGACGCAGAAGCAUAGCAACCAGAACAACGUCAUCAAGUUCAGCGACAACAGCAGGUAAACCAACUCCUGUGUGAGUGUGUGUGUCUUUGUGUGUGUUUUUCUCUUUGUUACAUAUAAAAUGUGUGUGUUUAGUGGUAUCAAAGGAGUGGAGCUGGAGUGUUUUUAUCCAGAGGAUCCCUCUCAAGCGAGUCGGUACAGGACUCAGACCUCACUAAGACACGUCAUCUUCACUGCAGAGACACACAACUUCCCUACAGGUCAACCACACUCAAGCGCACACACACACACACACACACAUAAUGUUGUUUCUUAAACACCCUUCAUAAUCCCUUUUGACCCCUGACCUGUGACAUACAGGUGUGGCCCCUUUCAGUGGAGCGACCACAGGGACAGGAGGUCGUAUCAGAGACGUGCAGAGUGCUGGGCGGGGGGGACACGUGAUCGCUGGAACAGCAGGAUACUGCUUUGGAAACCUGCAUAUUCCAGGUGUGAAAAUAUAAAGCUGUCUCCACAUCUGAGGUAUGAAACACAUUCAAAAACUGUAAUGUGUUCAGUAACAGGUCAUCUCUGCAGGUUACAACCUCCCCUGGGAGUCGAAAGGGGAAGGCUGGGACUACCCCUCCAGCUUCGCUCCCCCCCUGCAGGUCGCCAUUGAGGCCAGCGAUGGAGCCUCAGACUAUGGCAACAAGUUUGGAGAACCUGUACUAACAGGUACAGAGAUUUCAGACGCACAUCAGUUCAGGGUCUCCUUUGUCCUGUUGUGUUUUUUUUUGUUGUUGUUGUUUAUUGUGUCAUUAUGCUCCAGAUUGUUCAGCAUUAAUAGAACCGCCACAGAUGUGUAUGCUGUCAUGCCAUAGACACUUAAAAUCCCAGUAUCAUCAGAGAUGCUGGCUCUGAACAGUGAGCUGAUUAUAAGCUACUCUUUGGAGUGUUAACAUUUUCUGAAAAAUUGUCAAAUUUCGAUUCCUCAGCCCACAGGACAGUUUUCCUCUUCCCCCUCAAUCCACAUUAAAUGGGCUCAGGUCCACAGAAGUCUCUGGUGUUUCUGGAUCAUGUUUAUAUCUGGUUUCCUUUUUGUAUGAUUCAGUUUAAACCUCAUUUGUGGAUGCAGUGAUGAACUGUGUUUACAGACCACUUUUUUGGAAGUGAUUUCGGUCCAUGCAGUGAUUUCCACUACAGAGUCAAGUCUGUUUUUAAUGCAGUGCUGCCUGAGGAUCUAAAGAUCAGGACCACCCAGUCUUUGUUUUGGUCCUUGUCCCUUUCCUGCAGAGAUUUCUCCAGAUUCUCUGAACCUUUGAAUGAUAUUAUGUAUUGUAGAUGAUGAAAUCCACUCAUUCUUUCACAUUUGACACUCAGAAACAUAAAUGUUUGCACAGUUUAGAUCUUUAUAUCCUUUUCUCAGAGCAUAAAAAGAUCUCUAAGAUGUUUGAACUUGAAUGAAACUGUCGCUCAGUUCUCGUCUGAUUUAAUCUGCAGAUAGAUGAAUAAAGUUACGAUUCUUUCCUGCAGGUUUUGCCCGUUCAUUCGGCAUGCGUCUGGCAAACGGAGAACGGCGAGAGUGGAUCAAACCGAUCAUGUUCAGUGGUGGUCUGGGUUCCAUCGAAGACGCUUACAUAAAGAAAGAAGAGCCUGAGAUCGGUAACUUUUUAUGUGACAUUAUUGAAUGAAUACAGAUGCUGUAUUCUAUAUCUAAUCACACGGAUAAGUGACUCUACUCUAUUUGUCCAUCAGGAAUGGAGGUGGUGAAAAUCGGAGGGCCCGUGUAUAGAAUCGGCGUGGGAGGAGGAGCGGCGUCCUCUGUGCAGGUGUGCAGUAAAUUUCUCUGAGAAGGAAAUAAGAUUCGAUGCACAGGUCAGUGUCGCUAAAACUGUUUUGUUCUGCAGGUUCAGGGGGACAACUCCAGUGACAGAGACCUGGGGGCGGUGCAGAGAGGAGACGCCGAGAUGGAGCAGAAGAUGAAUCGUGCUCUCAGAGCGUGUCUGGAACGAGGCAGUGGGAACCCGAUCUGCAGCAUCCACGAUCAGGGGGCUGGAGGAAACGGUACAGACACUCAUCCACCCACCUCAGAUAGUGAAAGAAAUGUAUCAUUUGAGCAGUUUCUUUCCUUUGAAGGACAGCUAAAAGAGUGUGGUCAUCUUGUAUCUGUGAAAAAGACUUAAAGCCAGUAUUCAGUCACCAUUAUAGAUGUGUUUCUCUCUGUAAAAGAAGAGCCAGGCAUCACUCCCAACAAUAGCAGCAGGGCGGAUAAAAGAUGAAGAGACACAUCAAGAAUGAAGUGACUUAAGGCUGAGUUAUGGCGCUGGUUUUUAGAUGAUAGAUCACUAUAUAGUUGGGACAUUAAAAAUAGUGUUUUCUGUUCUACUUUUUAUCAGUAAGGGAUAAAACUGUGGUCUUUCAUUACACUCGGCUAUCACGGGCUCAAACUCAAAGUUAGUAAUGGUAUUUUCAUUCUGUUUGACUCUAAGUGCAGAUUACCUUUAACAUGUCAGCUGAUAGAGUUUUGUUUGAACGCUCUAAAAAUGUUGGCGUUUGCUUGGGUGAAAAGUUGGAACAUUCAGUGAUCGUUAUUUUCACUCUAUGUUUUCAAAACUGAAGAUUUUCCCCGUGUUUAAUUGGUGAAACACCCUUAAGUGCAGCUUUUUGGUUUUUUAACUAAAUAGGCUUAUCUGUCUAUGACUCUACAGUACUUGAUAAUGCUUUUAGUUUGGGAAAUGCCAGUGAUUGGGGACUGGAAAUUGAAGUCCAGGAGGCUCUGCUGAUGGAUAAUUCAGAUACAGUGAAAUAAUGAACAUAAACCAGUUCAUUUCAAAGUGUGUGAGCUGAACUUUUAGCUCGCUCACUUUUAGUGUGAACUUGCACAUCACUUUCAGCUAAGCUGUGUGGGGGUUUUAAAAGUGAAAUGUGCUGUUAAAAAGCACAGCAGUGUCAUUAUUUUCCAACAUGGCAACAGGAAGGUGCUGCAGCAACUCGGCAACAGUUUGAACAAAAUAGCAGAUAACUGAAAUAGCCCUUUAAUUUUGGACCUUAACAUCACAAAUGAAGCAGUAAAGCUGACAACCCUGAUAUAGACACUAAAAUGUUUCUAUUUCACUCUGUUUAGGUAACGUGCUGAAGGAGCUCAGUGAGCCUGCAGGAGCUGUGAUUUACUGCAGCAGAUUUAAGGUGAUCACACUCUCACUGUUUUCUUUCUCUCCUUUUUUUUUGCAUAUUUUUUUAUAGAUGUUAUAAAAACAUAAACAGUAUGACAGCUCCCCCAAAUCAAAGCCUGUCCCUAUCCCUGUUUACUUCUCCGUCCGCAGAAAGGUGACCCCACCCUGAGUAUGCUGGAGUUGUGGGGGGCAGAGUACCAGGAGAGUAACGCUCUGUUGCUCCGCCCAUCAGACCGGUCCUUCCUGGAGCGAGUCUGUCAGAGGGAGAAGUGUCCUGUAGACUUUGUGGGAAACAUCAGCGGAGAUGGAAAGGUAGAUCCUGGAACUAGGAUCUACCGAGACUUUAUUUCACUGAUUUGGCGAACAGACAACAACAGGAGAGUCUGAGCCAGACUUAGUUUUUAUUUUGGUCCUGUUUGCCCCUCAGAUCAUGCUGGUGGAUGACGAGAGGAGUGGGGAAGACGCAGCAGAUGGGGGGCGCUGUCCUGUGGACCUGCAGCUGGAGUGGGUUUUGGGGAAGAUGCCGCAGAAGGAGUUUAAGAUGCAGCGUGUGACUCCGACCCUGCAGCCCCUGGAACUCCCUGCUGGUCUGACGGUCAGAGAUGCUCUGGAGAGAGUCCUACGUCUGCCAGCUGUAGCGUCUAAACGCUACCUGACCAACAAGGUAAGUUUUAAGUCUUUGUGAAUCUGUAGAUCCUCUUAAUCUCCCAGACCCUGGUGAUUCAAACUUAAGUCAGAAGUCUUUUAUAGUCUUUCUUUGCAGACCUCGUGUGACUCUCCUCAUCUUCAUCCCCCUCUCUCUUAGGUGGACCGGUCUGUCACUGGGCUGGUUGCCCAGCAACAGUGCGUUGGUCCUCUUCACACCCCGUUGGCCGAUGUUGCUGUUGUUGCUCUGUCUCCGUUUGGCCUUGAGGGGGCAGCAACCGCCAUCGGGGAGCAGCCAAUCAAAAGCCUGCUGAAUCCCGCAGCAGGGGCUCGCAUGGCUGUUGGUGAGGCUCUGACCAACCUGGUGUUUGCCAGAAUCACAGCACUGAAGGUGAGUGACGGGAAUUUGAUGUAAGUCCUGAUACUGACGUGCAACAUGUGACGGUCUGCUCUGAAUUAAAAGAAAAAUAGCUAUUUUAACCAAUCAGUGCUAUCAAUGUAGUGAUCUCAUGGUACCUUGAACAUAGACCAGGUUUAGACCUUUGGUUUAAUAACUGCAUGAACUUAAAAAACAAUAAUAAAAAAACUGUAUGAACCAGAUCAGGUUAUUCUUUAAAGGAGACCUGUUCCACUGAUGUCUGUCGUUCACGCUAUCAUGUUGCAGAGUUGCUCAGCAUGAAGAGCAGCUCUGAAAACUACAUAUUUGUCUCAAACUGGUGUCUGAAAAAAAACCUAUUCAGCCUCUGUCUGAAACUCUUUGUUUUAGCUGCUUUGACAGGCACAGUUUGGGGUGUUACUUUUUACACAGCUCUGUUAUAAAACAAAGCUGCCUGUACAGACAAUGUUUGAUGCUAGCAGAUAGUGCCCACACCAGCUCCCCACCUCAUCCAGGUUCCAUUAUCUGCUGUUUUAGAAAAAUGUCCAGGUCAGGGAUCUGGGCUAAAUACACACUCAGGAUUAAGCUCAUCAAGGUCAAGAAUAGUUCAGAACAGAGGGUAAAACCAGGGUCAGAUUUCAGGAAACUUUUGCUCAGGGGUUUGGGCUUUUGGGUCCAUGACGUGGGAGGAUUAAGAGCCAGGAUUCAGUCCUUAACCAGGUCCAGGAUCAGGACUCUGUGGUUGUGUGUUUCAGGAUGUGAAGUGCAGUGGAAACUGGAUGUGGGCAGCAAAACUGCCAGGUGAGGGGGCAAGUCUGUGGGACGCCUGCAGAGCCAUGUGUGAUGUCAUGAGUCAGCUAGGUGUAGCCAUCGAUGGCGGCAAAGACUCUCUGAGUAUGGCAGCACGCACCAGCAAGGAGACGGUCAAAGCUCCAGGUGAAAGACCCGUCUGUCCAUCUGUCUGUCUCUGUCCACGUCUCUGUCCCUUAGGUUAACCUGUCCUCUUUCUUCGUUAGGUGCUCUGGUUAUUUCUACCUACGCUGUUUGUCCUGACAUCACAGCCACCGUGACCCCUGACCUCCAGAACCCCGAUGGAGAAGGUUUGACAAACAUACACUUACCUCUUUCCUGUCCCUUGUCUCCUUCCAGAUGUCUUCUUUCCCUCGUCUACUGUCUCCUACCUCCUGUCCUUGUUCCUUGUACUGUGACUCCUGUCUUCUAUCUCCAGUCUCUUGUCCCCUGUCUCUUCUAAUAUACUUCUCCUGUGUCUCUAGGUGAGCUCCUGUGGGUCCCUGUCAGUCCAGGCCUGGCCCGGUUGGGGGGUUCUGCUCUGGCUCAGUGCUUUAAUCAGCUGGGGGACGCCUGUCCUGAUCUGGAUCAUCCUGAGCUGUUGUCUUCCUGUUUUGAUGUCACACAGUCGCUGAUCCAAGGUCAGUCUUUAACCGUAGACCCAGCUCAGUGUGCACACUGCCCCCUGCUGGAUCAACACUGUAUAACCAGUUAGAAAUCAGCAGCUGCAGAGGUUUUUUCUGUGAUGAAGUUUUGUGUUGAAUUCAUUAUUCUGUGUUACUUCUGCUCUAAGCAUUCUGAGAUUUUGAUGUUUUCUUAAGUUAUUGCAGCACUUAGUUAAACUUGUUUUUCCAGGUUUUACUCUGCACUUUGAAAACCUUUAAAAAUAUUUAUUUAGCAUCAUCAAUUUUUAUCUCUCCUUUCAGAUCGCCUUCUGAGUGCAGGUCAUGACAUCAGCGAUGGUGGGCUCAUUACCUGUCUGCUGGAGAUGGCAUUUGCUGGAAACCGAGGGAUCGACGUGGAGCUGAGUUCAGACAGAGCUGGAGGUGAGGAGCUUCUCUGUAAACCAAAACUCAGGCCUAAAUCUGGGACAAACCUUCACUUGCAAUGUCCACUCUUGCAUUUGCGAUGAACUCAGCCUGUUCUCUUUAAAUGAGAGAAUUAGCGGUGCAGAGUGUUAAUGUCAAAAUUCAGCUGACGAUUCAGUGCCGAAAAAGUAUGAUCUAGUUUGUUCAUUGAUUCAGCCUUUGUUUCAAUGUGUAACUGGCUUUGAUGCCUUUUUUUAGGAAGAGUCUUUUUUUGUUAUUUCAAAGCAGAAAAGUAGUGGGCUUCUUAUAUCAUUGUUUCUAUUUAAUAUGAGAGCAUGAAGUACAUGAUUUACAGACCCCUGGAGACUUAACUUUACUGCAGGAGCUCUAUAUGUGUGUCAGAUGCUCUUGCAGUUGUGCUGUCAUGAUAAUAAAUAUACUAAAGGCCUGCUGUUCUUACAUGCUGUCAAUCUAAAUGACAUUUAUUCACUUUUCCUCCUGUUUCUGCCUGUAAGCAGGGUUUCUUGUGUUUAUUCUGUCCUGGUUUAGUAGGUUUAGGGUGUACUGUACACAGGUUUUAGGUGCAGCAGCGCUUUCCCUCUCAUCCUGAUCAGACAGGAGAAUAACAGCACAGUUUAAGUCGUUUUAUGGAUAAAUCAGUAUAUAUCAGUGAGGCCAUCCACUUGGUUUCAGGUAAAUAGAAGGACAAAUAUCAAUCAGGUUGUGAUCUUCAUGUAGAAAAAAACAGAGGCGGAUUAGUUUGCCUCCAACAUUAGAAUCAUCAGCGCUGCUUUUGCUGUGUGGGUUAGUCCAACCAGCCUGAUCUGAUCACUAUGAGAGCAAAUAAACCACAACCAGAAAAAAAAAAUCUAUUUAUAAUUAACAUUCAUUUUGUUCCUUUGGCUAUCAAGUGGGUAAGAUCUUGAAUUCCUCCUCCUGAAUUUUCAGAAUUAAAGUCUAUCAGCAUUUCCAACAAUGCGAUGAUGAACUUCAUAUGUGCAGGGGACAUUUUCUGGGUAAAUCUUAGACCACUUGAAAAAAUAAAUGAGCUAAUCCACAAGAAUGUAGGUAGCCUAAAAGUGUCCUAAGAUGCCUAAGAGGAAACAUGCAGAAAAAAAGAGACCUAAUAACACGUGCCCAGAGUUUGGUUUUUAUGGCAUCGAUGAUUUCUCAUCCUCUCUGCUCUUCACCUGUAUCUACUCCUUUCUGUUAUUUUUCUGUGCUUGUUAAUGAAAGCAGGAUUGCUGCACUACUCCACAAGGUCAGCAGCACCACCAAUGGUAUUAUUGUGGAAGCACAGACUGAGGGAAUAUCUCAUCAGUGGCAGCGCAAGAGUUAAAUUAUAAAAUGUGUAUUUGAGGAUGUGUGUGCGUUUUAAAAACAGAGGGGCUAUUUUACCAAAGGAUUAUGUAGCUUUUGUUUCCACUUAACUUUUAGGAAAUGAGUCUAAAAUUCAUUUUUACAGAACAGCAGUGUGACAUGGGAUGUAAAAGUGCUUGAAAUAGUCAGAUGAUUAGAGAAAAAGAUUUAUGAAAAACAAUGAACAGUCAAUGACCAUGUGUGUGUGUACGUGUGUGUGUGUGUGUGUGUGUGUGCAGUGAUGGAGCUGCUGUUCAGCGAGGAGCUUGGUUUGGUACUGGAGGUCUCUCGCCGUCACGUUCAGACUGUCUGUCAGAGAUUUGGUGACGUCGGUCUUCAGUGCCAUCGUGUUGGUAAAACUGUUGGCUUUGGUCCGGACUCUGAGGUGAGAUAAGGACCUGAAGGUGGAUCUCAGGUGUUCUCAGGUGCAGUCGCAGUGCAGUGAUGGUUUCCUCUCCUGAUUCAGGUCAGAGUUCGUGUGGACGGAGAGGAGGUGCUGAGGGCGCCCCUUCCUGAGCUCAGGGGAAUGUGGGAGGAAACCAGUUUCCAGCUGGAACGCCUUCAGGCCAAUGAGACGUGUGUGCAACAGGAAGAGGAGGGGCUCGCCAGGAGGACACAGCCCUUCUUCAAGCUGACCUUUGACCCCUCGAAAAAGCUCAACACCAACAACCUGAGUAAGAACAAACAGACUGAGUUUGUUACUGAAUAUUUUUCAGAAAAAAAUGGGAAAAUAUCCUCUGAGCCCUUCAUGUGUCUAUGUUAAAGUUCUGUUCAAUGUGACUGUAAAAUAUUGAAAAGCUUCCAAAAAAUGAUUUUAACAGCUCUGCAAACAACAACAUAUUUCUUUAAGAGUAUUUUUUUCCUUUUUUUUUUAAUUCUAGCAUUUACUCUUAAACAUCUAUAGCAGUGGUUCUCAAGUCCAGUCCUCGAGGCCCACUGUCCUGCAUGUUUUGGAUGUUUCCUGCUCCAACACACCUGAUUUAAAUGAUUAGCUCGUUAUUAAGCCAUUACAGAGCUUGAUAACGAGCUGAUUAUUUGAAUCAGGUGUGUUGGAGCAGGGAAACAUCCAAAACAUGCAGGACAGUGGGCCUCGAGGACUGGACUUGAGAACCACUGCUGUAGAGGGAUGGUCUUCUUAUCCGGGUCAUCUCAUGUUUAGGUACAUCUCACGUACUCCGGCGAUUCCAGAUGCAGAAAGUUGGACUCAGGAUGUCAAAGUGUUCCUAUUUUAUUAUUAUGAGCGUGGUUUUAUUUUUCAGCUGAUCGUCCUCGUGUCGCUGUGAUCAGAGAGGAAGGAAGUAACGGAGACAGAGAGAUGUGUGUGUCUCUGUACAUGGCCGGCUUUGAGGUACAGAAAUAUUAUUGUUUUUAUCCUGAUUGUUAUCAGUAAUAAACUAAUUGAGCGGUGUUCAGGUGUGUGUUUAUGUAUGACUCACUCUGUGGGCGUGUGUGUGUGCAGGUUUGGGACGUCACCAUGCAGGAUCUGUGUUCUGGUUCUUUGACUCUGGACUCUUUCAAAGCUGUUGUGUUUGUGGGUGGAUUCAGCUACGCAGACGUGCUGGGGUCAGCAAAAGGUAAACACACACGUACACAUGCACACACACACACUCACAGACUCAUAUUCUGACUUGUAUCACUUUCUUUUCUUUAGGCUGGGCCGCUUCUGUUACCUUUAACCCAAAAGCGAAAGCGGAGUUUGAACGUUUCCGUCAUCGUAGCGACACUCUCAGUCUGGGUGUGUGUAACGGCUGCCAGCUGCUCGCUCUGAUCGGCUGGGUGGGAGAGGAAGAGGAGGGAGCAGGUGAGGAUAAGAACAACGGUCCCAAAGUGACGAAAGUAUGACAGCUAAGCGUAACAUUUUCUGGUUUGUCCUCAGGCGGCAAUGUGGUUCUAACCCAUAACAAGUCUGGACGGUUCGAGUCCCGGUUCGUCAGUGUGGGGAUCCAGGAAUCCCCAUCAGUCUGGCUCAAAGGGAUGGAGGGCUCGGCACUGGGAGUGUGGGUCGCACACGGAGAAGGUGAGUCUCAAGGAUCAUAGACUGCGGUCUACAGACUUAAUCACACCUGAGUGAGAAAAGGCCCAUUAUACACACCUGAGCUGAACACACCCAAGUACAGUCUUGGCACACAAUCAAAUCUGGGAAAGACCGGUGACUGGAUCGUACCUGGUGGAUGUUUGCUCCUCAGCUCAGCAGGUGACUUAAUUAAUUGAUUAUAUCGAUGACUGCUCUGUCCUCGCAGGUAUGAUGCAGUUCCGGACCCCCCAGGUUCAGGACCGGAUCCUCUCAGCUGGGCUCGCCCCGCUCCGUUACCUUGACGACCAGGGUCUCCCCACAGAGGAGUAUCCUCUGAACCCCAACAGCUCCCCGAUGGGCGUAGCUGGGCUUUGCUCUCGAGAUGGGAGACACCUAGCCAUGAUGCCUCACCCGGAGCGCUGCACCCUGAGCUGGCAGUGGCCCUGGGCCCCCAGGGACCUCAGAGAGUCUCUCACACCGUCACCGUGGUUACGCAUGUUUGAGAACGCCGCCGCUUGGUGCAGAAACACACAGUGAAGCCGUGUUCACACAUGCACUCCUGAAAGUUUGUAGAAGUAUUGAAGAGCUCUGCCUCAAAAAUUCAAAAGUUGCUUUACAAGAUGAUGCAGAAGUGGAGACUGAUGAGUUUUUACAUUUUUUCAAACAGAGGGGAAAUGAAUCACAAGUCUGAGUUUGGUUUGGAUCACUAAACUUCAGAAAAAAAAUAGGUAUUAAUGUGAUUUUUCUACUUACUGCCAAAUCCCUGACUCAAACUGUCAACUUUAGGGUACCUUUAUGCAUCUCAGUGCAUCUUAAUCGGUUUCUUAUUGUCAUUAUUUCACGGAAAAUUAAACUAUGGGGUCUUCAGUGAUCCUUUUGCUUUGAAUUCAGAUACUUAAGCCUAAGAAAACAGGUGAAUCCCUUUACUCAAAUCGGUCAUCGACUCCAGUGUGUGUUUAUGUGCUACAUGUGUGCAGUUGUGGGUCAUGACGUCUUCUUGCUCUACUUUACUCUGUCCCAGUAAAGUUAACACCCUGUGCCCCUGCUCUGCUCAGAUUUUGGGACUUGUAUUGUGCCUCGUGUUCAGUUUUCCAUUUCUGCUCUUGUAUCUAAAUCCCACAGGAUGUUCAUCACAGUGCAUUUUGAAAUUGAUCCAUCCAUGUUCUAGUCAAGGAUUGUGUUUCCACAGUCUCUACUCUGUGAUGUGCAGAAAUCUUCACUGAUCUUGUCCUGAAAAUGAAUCUCCUUUAACUUGAGCUGCUGUUAUUCAGCCUGUUACAUGUUGUUGUUUUUUUUUUACUGACAAGCACUGAUUACAUGAUGUAAACACCACCUAGCCUGCUUAUGGUGACCCCAAACUUACAGCAAAAUUGUAAUGGCAGGUUAAAGUCCAGGUGAUGUCAGAGUUAAAAUUUUAGCCGGUUGCAUUUACCUGAAAAUUUCCAGAGCUUUUCAGGAGUUUUGUGCAUGUGUGAAUACGGUUUAACAGUGUGUGCUCAUGUUUUUGUUACUGAAGCGUGAACCUAUGUAACACAGCUCUAUUGUCACUGUGGUAGUUUGACUUACUCGUACUGUAACACUGUAUCAUUACUGUAAUACUGCCUUUUUAUAGUAUUACUUUAGUCUAAAUAAAAAAAUAAAUAAGCUGUUUUGUUUUUAUGGAAAAUAAACGACACAAAGGAUAAAAAAUAUUCUUUAUCACAAAAGCAUAAUUUUACAAAAUGAACUAUUUACAAAAAAAAUCUUUAGAGUAGAAGUAUAAAAGAAAAUAACAGACAUUAACUGGACUAAUGUUUGCUUUUACUAACAUCAUUAACCUAAUUACAAACAUAACACACAUUGCACUGUUUAUAUUAUGUUAUAUUACACCAUAUUAUUUUACAUCA